AUGCGUUCUCAAUUCGAACAAAUUUGCAGGUUGUACAUUCUGUUCUUAGGUUGCGCGGUACUCUCAGCCAAGAGGACGGCUAUACUAACCAUCAACAGUCCAGAUGGAGAUAUUAUUGACUGUCUCAAUAUGAGGGACCAGCCGGCGUUUGACCAUCCACUACUCCGGAAUCACAAAAUCCAGGAGAUACCGACAAAUCUCCCCAACGGGAUUGAUACGUUUAGCUGGCAGGUAUGGCACCGAAAUGGAACUCGGUGUCCCGAGGGGACGAUCCCGAUCCGAAGGCAUAACGGAACAACAUGGUUUCCGGCUGGAGUUGAAGCUACCCUUGGACACGAAUAUGCUAUCGGGGGUUUAGGAAGUCCACCGCCAAAGAUUUACGGCAUAAAAGCCGUAAUGAACGUGUGGCAGCCUACCGUAGAACGAACUGAUGAGUUCAGUUUGGGGCAAGUGUGGGUCACUGCGGGUUCCUACACCAGUAAAGAUCUCAACAGCAUCGAGGCUGGCUGGCAGGUUUACCCCCAGUUAUACUUGGACUACCAGCCGAGACUCUUCAUAUUAUGGACGACUGACGCAUACACUCGGACGAAAUGCUACAACCUCCGUUGUCCCGGUUUUGUCCAAACGAACCGCAAUAUCGUUAUCGAAGGCGCAAUUUCUCCGACGUCCAUUUUUGGAGGAGUCCAAAUGGAUCUUACUAUUCAGAUAUGGAAGGAGGCAAAGCCUGGACAUUGGUGGCUAGGAGUGGGUUUCAGCAACGGUACACUUAUCGCUCCAGUUGGUUACUGGCCAACCGAGAUUUUCACUCGCCUCACCGAUCACGCAGAGAAGGUAGAGUGGGGCGGGGAGAUCGUAAACGAUAACAUCUCUGGCCGACAUACGACUACCCAGAUGGGAUCUGAGUAUCUAUCGGGGAACGUGAAAGCGGCGUACAUGCGGGAUCUACAAAUUGCCGUUGACAUAGGCAGUUUUCAACCAGUCUACGAUCUGAAAGUAGCAGCCACGAACCCGACCCUCUACAGCAUUGAGAAGUUGAGCAAUACCAGCUUUUUAUACGGGGGGCCUGAGCACGGGGCAGCAGUUCACCUAGACUCGAUGCUUUUCUAUUUAUUUGUUACCGCCACGAAGAGGAGAGAAUCCCAUCAUUUAUCAAAACCCUCUUCUCCCGUCCUCUCAAUCCAUCUCAGGAUCGGCAUCGUUAAGGCGGCUGCGUUUUGCGCCGCGACGGCGAUCCAACGGCUCAGGGCCGUCGCUCCGAGACUCCGAGUUGAGCAAUUCGAUUCUCUGUCUAAAUGCGGUGUCACAGUCAAUCAGUCAUUAGGCCACGGAUCAAAGGCUUUCGUGGGAUCGGCGUUGGUAGCCGAAGCGUUGGCGAUCAGAUCAGCCCGAAACUGCGCCUUAUAA